AUGAGGAGGCCUCAGGUGAUACUCGUCGUCACUCUGGCUGUUCUCGGCGUCCUCGCAGCUCUGCCGCUCGGCGAAGGGAACAAGGAGGAAGCUGGAGCAGCCGUCGCCGCGGACGCCGCCGGCACGAGAUCGUGGCCGUGCUGCGACGACUGCCGUCUUUGCAACAGGAAGAACCCGCCGGACUGCCAAUGCAACGACAUUUCGCUGCACGGGUGCCGCCCGGAGUGCAAGAAGUGCGUCAGGUACACGCUCACCGCCGACGACGAUGGCAUCCAGAUGCCGGCCACCUCCGCCGGCCCCGGCCCCGUCCGCACCUACCGGUGCGCGGACGUGCUCACAAACUUCUGCGAGCGCCGCUGCACGCCGGCGUCGGCUGCGGCGUUCCUGGGUGAGGCCUUCUGA